CUUCCACAACUUCUUUUGUAUCCAAACCCAUCAGAUCCAUUGAAUGGAGAGGUUGCAACUCUCAUGAUGCGUGACUGAGCUGCAUAUGAACAAAGAGUCAAAGGUGAUAUGUUACAUGGCUUUCACUUUUCACCAUUCACUUCUCUUGACAAGCAUGGUUGGUUCUUAUGCAACAACCAUAGAAGUUUCUACCUAUUUGAAAUAAUUGAGAAAAUUUCAAAUUCUCUCUAUCUGAGUUCUCUUGGGGUUGAUGCUGCAAUACUUACUUUUGAAGCCCUUUCUGAGACAUUUGAAUUUGCAAGGAAGUGGGUUCCAUUCUGUAAGAAGUUUAAUAUUGAGCCUCGGGCUCCAGAAUGGUACUUUACUCAGAAGAUUGACUAUUUAAAGGAUAAAGUCCACCCAAACUUUGUGAGGGAACGACGUGCAAUGAAGGAAAUUGUUAACAUGGAGGAUAUUGAAGAUAUUUACUUUGGAUUUUGAUGAAGACUUUUGAACAUCAUAGAGAUGAUUUUUUUUUUGUUAUAUCCUUUGUUCGUUUUUGGACUAUCCAUUAUGGAUCUAUGACCUGAAAGUGACAGAUGUAUAUAUAAACACUUUAUGAUAAAUUUGUUUUACAUGA